AUGGAAAGAGUUGUUGGAAAUCGAUCUCCUUCGACUCCAUAUAUGGCAAGUAGUAACUCUGCGGGUUCUUGUGUGGCCUUGUGCUUGAUUGAGACUCCAAUUGGGCAAGAGUCCUCCAAAAUGCUCCUCAUUAGUCAGUUUGAUAAAUGUACCGUCUGGUUUGGUAUGCUCCCGGUUUGGUUUGAUUUGGAUGUCCGCAUCACCUCCGGUCUACUAUCAAAUGGGGAAGCAAUUUUAUCUUCCGCGCUCAUACUUCGCCCAACAUGCUAUAUACACAGGCGAAAAGAUAUGGACACACCUAGAACUCUCUACAAUAUAUCUUCUUCUUCCCCUGGUUCCGAAGUCUCUGCUGAAGCCGCAACCGCUCUUGCCGCGGCCUCACUUGUUUUCAAACCGGUGGAUUCUACUUAUUCAUCCACCUAUUUGAAUUUGCUGAUAAGUACAGAGGUUCUUACCAAGCAUCUUGCCCCUUCUACUGCUCACACUCAGGCUACCAGAUAA